UUCGAAAGGUACUGACAAAUUGUAUAAAUAUUAAACAUUACCAUGCUUCAAAACAGUGUCCAGACAGCGAUCGUAUGCUGAAAAAUGAAGGAAAUAGUAGCAAUACUUUCUGUCUUUUGUAUGUGGCUAAAUACUCAGAUGCUAUCUCAGCUUGGGAGGCCACCGGCUUCAAUAUUCCAACAAAUGGAGCAAAUGCAGCGAUGACACUGACUGCAAAAGUACCAGAGUCCAAAAUGGCUGGAGAGACAAUGUUUACGAUAGCUGCAACGAAGGAGCAGAGUGCCAAAACUUUAACCUACACAAAAGUGUCUGGUGAUAUUGCAACUGUUGCAUCAGGCACUGGAGUUGUCACAGUCGCGACAGGCAAAUCGUUAGAUUUUGAAACGACUCCUUCUUACGUUAUCCUCAUUAAGGCUGAAGAAUCAGGUGGUGCAGCAGCAGGCACAGCGACUGUCACCGUAAGCAUCCAGAAUGUUCUCGAAUUCGCCAAAACGCAAUACGAACUAUGUUUCGCCGACACAACAGCUGCGGGGACUGUGAUUGGGACCUACACAGUUGUUGAUGCUGUUUCAGGAACAGACACCGUGACCUACACUAAUUCUGGUACUGACCUGAUUGUUGACUCAACUGGCGCGCUCAAAGUUGCGACAGGCAAGACACUGACAAGCGCGACAACUGGCGGAUACACCACAACAAUCACUGCAGACCAGACUGGAUUGAAUGCAGCUGCCUCGGCGGACGGUACAACUGUCGUGAAGGUCACGGUCGGAGGAUGUAGCGGGGCAGGACAAAUCCAGUUCAUGGCUAUUUUGCUGCUGAUCCCGCUGCUGAUCACACGUUUAUUCUAAUUUCUCAACGAAUAUGCAUGUAAAACGUGGACUUUCCAUCAAUCUUCCGUACAUCGAGAAUGAAAAAAAAACAGUAUUGCAAGUUGUGUUAAGUUUAUAUAUAUAUUCUCAUAGCAUAAUAAGCAUUGAUCUUUUAAAUGAAAAAUGUGUAUUACACUGUGGAGACAAAGGAGCUCAAAUUCAAUAAGUAUUUAAUAUAAUAAACAUAUACAUCGUUAACAUGGUACAUGCAUAGGCGUUAAAAAUACUACCUUUUUAUUUGUGUGUGCAUAGAAUAGAUAUGUACAUUCAUGAAUUGUCCCUCUAUGAAAUACCUUUGGGUACUCGAUAUUUUGGGAUAAUGAAACUUGUUUGUACCUAAAUAUGUUUGUUUUACUUUUUGAAAUAAAGUUUCUCUAAAA